GUGUCUCGCGAUCCAGCUGGUUGUCAUUUUUGCUUCGGUUGGCAGUGAAGAAGAGAAGGUCGGGGAGGAUAAAUGUGGGAAGAAAUUGUUGUUGUAAGAGUCGUCUGAAAAUAGCAAAAAUAUAUAUGUAUAGAUUGUAACCCCCCGUAUCUAUAUAAUUGACGACAAAUAACCACUGCCUAAUAAGAGCGCGCGAUAUUUCGCUAAACAUACAAAGGGGAAGACUGUCGCUGGAAAGAAGACAGACGCAUAGAGGAAAAACACUUUUUUAUAUUAUUCAGUUUUAUUAUGAAGAGUAUAUAUUCUAUUUAAAGAUACGUCCCGCUUAUGUUUGACGUUUAAUUUACAAGAGUACUUGUCAAUCUGCUUCAUAUUUAAGCUUUCAGUCAGCAGAACCGAAAAGGGAAGACGUUAAAGAGAAAAUAUAUAAAUAUAUAUUAUAUAUAUAUAUACAAAAGUAUAUUAUUUGUAGAUUUGAAAUAUAUUUUAAUCGUAUUUAUAAUUGUUUUAUAUUAUGGUAUUCUGCGGCAAACACGAAGGCGUCAUCAUAUUAUUUUCUCGUUUUAACUCGUGUAUAUGGGCGAGUCAGGGUGAAGUGCUUAGGAGGAAAAACGAGAAGAUUGUUUUUGUUUUAUAAAGCUGGAGUUAUUUUAAUUUGUAGCUGCUGCUUGUAUGAGGAACAAAAAUAUAAUUCUAAGGAGAAACGCAAACAGAAAAAGUAAACGUGGGAGUAAAACGACCAAAGAACCGAUCUGUCCUUCGAAAACCACACAUGAUCAUUUUUCCAACAGAUUGAAUAAAUAAUUAGCUAUUUGCGGAAUAUUAAAUGUACAUCUUCUGAUAAGCCUGUCUGUUCCCAGGCAUUUUUGUCACAGCGCUCUUCUGUGAAGCUAUAGUAGUGUUAUUUUUAUCUCACAACCGUUGGAAAUGGGGGAUUAUGGUUUUGGAGUCUUAGUGCAAAAUAACAGUGGUAGUAAGCCAGCUUUCCCUGUCAGGUUUCAUCAUCAUAUGCAGCCUACACACCAUCAUCAAAAUGCAUCUUCUAACCCUGCAACCUUUAUAAGUAACUCCGCUGCUAGUGGCAGUAAUGCUGGGUCAGCUUGGCUUUUUCCUCCUUCGGCUGGUCAUAACAUUCAGGAUGAGAUUGUGGUGUCAGAAAAAUCUCAGAGCCAGCAGCAACAACAUGAACAACAAGAAUCUUCAGAAAAACAGCAGCUUUCUCCUAUUCAGAACCAAGAUGCAGGAAUCCUCUCUGAAUCUGAGAAAAAAUCAGAAGAAAACCAAGGAGACAGUUUACCAGAAAACAAUAACAGCAAAGAGAAACUAAGAAUAGAAUCACCUGUGCUGGCUGGGUUUGAUUAUACAGAUGGUUCUGGGUUAGGUACUACUGCACCACCUUUAUCAUCUUCAUCUACUUUGAGUAGUUUUAGCAACUGGUCACCAGCCAUGGCUCCGUCUAGUUCAAUGAUGAAUGAAGAUGCUAGUUUUUUUCCACAAGGGGCUGUCCCUGCUGCUUCUGCUAAUAAUGGUGCUCUGCUCUUUCAGAAUUUUUCACAUCACAUCAGUCCUAGUUUUGGUGGCAGUUUUUCUCCCCAGAUUGGGCCUUUGUCUCAACAUCAUCCUCCCCAUCCGCACUUUCAACACCAUCAUAAUCAGCAUCAGCAGCAGAGAAGGUCCCCAGCAAGCCCACAUCCUCCACCGUUCACACACAGAAACGCUCCAUUUAAUCAACUGCCUCACUUGGCUAAUAAUCUCAGUAAGACACCUUCUCCUUGGAGCAGUUACCAAAGUCCUUCCCCUACACCAUCUUCUUGGAGCCCUGGUGGUGGUGGAUAUGGGAAUUGGGGAGGGUCCCAAGGUAGAGAGCAUCGGAGAGGGUUAAAUGGAGGUAUAACGCCCCUGAACUCUAUCUCUCCUUUAAAGAAGACUUUCCCAAGCAAUCAUAUGUUACAGAAGUAUGCACGGCCAGGCUCAAUGUUUGCAGCAAAGUCCUGGAUGGAAGAAAGCUUAAACCGAGCUGACAGUAUUUUUCCUUUUCAGGAUCGCACAAGGCCAUUGGAGAGUUUCAACAUGCAGCCACUGGAGAGUUCACUCAUUGACAUAAUGAGAGUAGAGCAAGACUCACUUAAAGGCCGAUUAAAUUAUUCACACCCAAUUUCUGAUAACUCCUUGUCAAUUAAUGCAAGGACAUUUGGUCGGAGGCGAGGUCAACCGUCUUCGCUUUUUCCAAUGGAAGAUGUUUUGGAUGAUGGACGUGUAGAUCAGAGCUUUCAUAGUGGGUUAGGUUCUCCUCACUGUUUUCCUCACCAAAAUGGCGAAAGGGUAGAACGCUACUCACGGAAAGUGUUUGUAGGUGGUUUGCCUCCAGACAUUGAUGAAGAUGAGAUCACUAGCAGUUUUCGUCGUUUUGGCCCUUUGAUUGUAGACUGGCCUCAUAAAGCAGAAAGCAAAUCAUAUUUUCCACCCAAGGGGUAUGCCUUUUUGCUAUUUCAAGAUGAGAGUUCAGUGCAGUCACUUAUUGAUGCCUGUAUUGAAGAGGAUAGCAAGCUUUAUCUUUGUGUAUCCAGUCCAACUAUUAAAGAUAAACCAGUUCAGAUCCGGCCCUGGAAUCUUAGUGAUAGUGACUUUGUGAUGGAUGGUUCUCAGCCUUUGGACCCAAGGAAAACUAUUUUUGUAGGAGGGGUGCCACGACCACUAAGAGCUGUGGAACUUGCUAUGAUAAUGGACAGGUUUUAUGGAGGAGUAUGCUAUGCUGGGAUAGAUACAGACCCUGAAUUGAAGUAUCCCAAAGGAGCAGGGCGGGUUGCAUUUUCAAAUCAACAAAGUUACAUUGCUGCUAUCAGUGCUCGAUUUGUCCAGUUACAACAUGGAGAGAUUGAUAAACGGGUGGAAGUUAAGCCAUAUGUUCUGGAUGAUCAGCUAUGUGAUGAAUGUCAGGGAGCCCGCUGUGGUGGAAAGUUUGCUCCAUUUUUCUGUGCUAAUGUUACCUGUUUGCAGUAUUACUGUGAAUACUGUUGGGCUGCCAUUCAUUCCCGCGCAGGUAGAGAGUUCCAUAAACCACUUGUGAAGGAAGGAGGAGAUCGCCCGCGACAUAUCUCAUUCCGCUGGAAUUAGGCUUAAUGUUGGUCUUUUUUUUUCUGCAAGCAUUAAAAAGAAAUAAGUGCACUCUACCACUUUUUUAACCAACUUAAGUUGCAGAGUCCUUUUGAAAUUGCCUGCCUGUAUGUCAGUGAACUAAAAUGUAGCAAAGCUCUGAUUGGAAACAUUAAGUGAUUAAGGGAUUGCGCACACUUACAAUAUCACAUGCUAGAUAAUGUUCAGAAGUAUGUUUUGUUCUGUUUUGCUUGUUUUCACAGUAUAAACAGGUCUUUACAAAACUGUUUUGUAUAUUAAGAGCAUUUUUAGAAAUUGCGUCACCUGAAAUAUAAUACCGUACUUUCAGCCUGUGCCACUCCUGUGUGCAUGCAUAUAUGCAUGUAUGUGUAUUACUCUGCUAAGAAUUGACCAACAUUUAAAAAUGUUUUCCCCUGGGGGGAAAUAAAUAUUAAAGCCUGUUUAAGCUAUGGUCAGUUACAGGUUAAAAUAUCUCUUCCAACUUACUUGCUUGGCUAUAAAGGGUGGGAAGUGCUUCUCGGUGGAGCAUUGUUUCCAUUCUGUGCAGUCCAGCUUUCUAAGUAACUGUAGACCUUCAGUAAUAUCUUAAUGAGGCUGACUGAACUAUUUCCCGUAGAGUUUUUGGUAGAGAGUGUCAUUGUAGAGGAGAGUGCACUUAUUCAUAUUUGGGAAGAACACUUGUAUUUUCCCGUCCCUCCAACUCCACCCAACAUCUUACCAAAGGUAAAAUAAUACAAGAAAGUACAAUAAACUGGCAUUUCCUUUCCUAAAGAACAAUGUAUAGAUGUUUAUUUUUGAUGGUUCUGUAUAUAUACUCAAAUUAAUUCACUAAUGUGCUUCAGGUGUCAGCUUCUGCUCUCCAUUUUGACACAAGAAACCAGAAGAUACCUCAGAUAUUCAUUUUUAUAUACAAAUAUAUUUAGUCAGUGUUCCACUGCAAGAGGAGUUGGCUGCUAAUACUUUGCUGUGUUACUUAUCAGAGUAUAUAAUUAUACUUUCAGGAUAGAAGAUAAUUACAAAUACAGGUUGUCCACCUUUAGAGAGAAAAGGGUUUUGUUAAAUAUUUAGUUUCACCUUCUGGCAUGAAAUGUGAUAACAUGUAUGUAUCUCUGCAACAGUGCCUACAUUUAUUAUAUUUUUUUAUAAAUAAAACCAUAGCUGGCACAUUAGAUUUUUUUUCAGUAUAGCAUGCAACAGAGUCAGAAAUAAUGAGUGCCAACAUUCUCAGUGUACUUGCAUGCAUUAAUGUUCCUGAGGUAUGUAAUAGCAUGUGAUACACUACCAUGUUGUAUACUAAGUGCAAGCUUCAGGAGAAACUUAAGGUUACAGUAACCUUUCUGCAGCAUCAUUCUAGACAGGCUGACUUUCUAAUGUUGCUCCUUCAUCAAAUUUCUAUAGCAGUGCAUAAGGAGAAAUUAAGCUGCCCCAGAAUUUGUGCCACCAUAGACUAAUAAGAACCAAAGACUUGUCUUAGCACUGCAUUGUAAACUUUACUUGUGGCCCACUAUUUACAGUGCUAAACUCAGCAGUUUAUAUAUAUAUAUAUAUAUAUAUAUAUAUAUAUAUAUAUAUAUAUAUAUAUAUAUAUAUAUAUAUAUAUAUAUAUAUAUAUAUAUAUAUAUAUAUUGUUUGUUUUGGGGUAGGAGUGUGUAGGCUGUAAUGGCCGCAAUCUGUUAAGUUCCAAAGGUCAAAAUGGAGACAUUUGCUGUCGCAUGGUCAAAUAUAGGUAAGAAAGCUGCUUUAGUAAAAUCCCAGAAUGUUUAGUACAGUAGGCUGAAAGUGCUUACAGUAGUUUGCUAGGGGUUUUUCUUUACUGAAAUAACUACAUAAUUUUAGUGGCAGUGUUAAGGUGGAUACUUUUUAAAAUCUUUUUGGUAACCUGCGGUGCACAUUUGUACCACACCUUUUCAGAAUGUGGGAUGUUGGUGUGAUUUAACAAUUUGACAAAAAAAAAAAAAAAAAAACACUGUUAAAUCUCAAGCUUUUAGUAAUAAUUUUCCCUUUGUACAUGACCUGCUGAAUUUCGGUACAGUGUUUUUGUAGCUAACUUAUUUUGUCAUGCACAUAAUGUACAUUUGUUAUGCACUACUUUUGUAUAUCUUGUUUUUCCAACAGUGAGCAUUUUUAGGCACACUUUUCACUGACGGGAUAUCUCUUUUUGCAAUACCUCAAUUUUUCAUAUUGCGAAGAGUAGUUUUUUGUACUUUUAUUACUGAGAGAUCUUCAUAUACUUCAUUUUUAAUAUAAAUAAUUUUAAUAAAUUUUAUUUUCUUAUAUUCUGCUUUUUAUACAUUUCAGUGCUCUGCAUACCUUUUAAAUUAUGGAUGUUGUGCACUGGCAAUGCUAUUUUAGAAUCUGCAGAGAAAAGAAAGCAUGUUGCUUAAACAUCUUAUCCUAGCACCAGGUAUUUGGUGCCUAGAUAAUUUAAAAGUAGUAAAUAUCUAGAAGAGAAAAAAGCAUGGCAGUUAAAAUAUAUAUAUAAAUAUAUAUGUAGUCAUCUGUAGUCCCUAAUCACUCAAUACAUGAAGACAGCAUAGAACUUUUUAUUCAAAGCAAUUUCAGAAGUGUCUACAGCUUCUUAUUUUGUUUUCAGAGGAUUUAAAAUACAGAUGUUUUGGUGAUGUUUAGCCAUUUUUAAUAUUAAUAAAUUGGUGUUAGAUGUUUUAUUCAGAAAUAUGUUCUUUUAAAUUUAAAUUAAAAAACACCAAGUCACAAAAUUGUAACGUUAGUAUGCAUGAAAAAAAACAUAAAUUGUUGUUCUUCUAAUAUGUACUUGUAGUGAUUGUGUGGCAGAUGUGUUUCCAAAUUAAUUCAUAUGCAAUGGAUGCCCCUUCCCCUUCCAUGCUUCAACGCAGCAACUACUUCUCCAUACACAGGCCUCUGCAGUAUGCAAAUUACAAUGUGUAAUGUACAAAUUUAAGAUUUUAAGACCUGUUGGAAAGACUUGAUAAUUUAUCCUUUUCUGAAUAGUUUAAACCUUCUGUUAAAAGGUGAUUCAAGACUUGAAUGUGAUGAAUUGUGGCAAGUUAACUUCAAGUUAUGUGCAAUACUUAUUUCUGACUUUUUCGAAACAAAUUUGCAGUGUGACUCUUUAUUGCUGUUUUUAAUUGCAGACAUUGAAAAUGUCAUUUUCUACUGUUAUGGUAAUCCAUGCUGGUGUUUGUAAAGAAAAAAAUCAGAAAUCAAUCUUUCUACUAAUAUAAAAAGUUGAAAUUAUUUUUAAAAAAAUGGAAAAAGAGGUUUUGGUCAUUUGCUUUAUUUUAUUACCUUAUUUUAAAGCUACUGUGAUUAAUAGCAUUGUAAUAAUUGGGUCAAUAUUGUAUUCAGCUGUUUUAUUUUUUAUAUUUUAAAUUCAAAAGUAUAAUUAGUUUUUUAUAAUUUGAUCAGAUUUUUGUUAUAUUUUUUGGAAGUGAAGCUUUUAACAUGUGGGUAUCUAGUUUAUACUAAUUCCUAAUGUGUUCUUCAAUGUAAUGCUCAUAUCAGAAGGAAAAGUUAUUUAAGUAUGUCAGUUAUUAAUAUUACUUGGCUAAAUUUCUGCGUAGUUUUUACUGUGUAUGGGGAGGUUGUAGUAUUUAUUAGUAGCAUUUUUUUAAAUAAAGGUAAUUAUUUUCAUUUCACAUUUUUAAGUUCAUAUUUUUGUACGUUCUAAUUAAGUUAUGUAACACAGGUUCCAUUUUUAGAGUUCAUCUGUUAAAGUGCUAGUGGAGAAAUUAAUGUUAUUAAACAGUUUGCAAACUAUUUAUACAAGUAUGCAUAAUUUUUAAAUAUUUGUAAUGUGACAUGUUGAAUGAAUAAAGGAUUUAACUCAUGUUGCUGAUACAAACACUGUUGUGUGGGCACUCGUUGCUAUUUAUGUUCCUUUUCUUUAUUUGUUGCCUUCUAACGUUGGAAAUGUCAGUAUCCAGCAUUCAUGAUUAUUGAAGAAUGUUACCAUUGAUUCACUAUGACCUGCUUUAAAACACUAUGUUAAAGCAUGAUUUUCAUUAUGCAGUUCCUUCUGUUAAUCACAUAAAACAUGUUACUUAUAA